CCUCAAGCUCAUAGCAAGUCCAUUGCAAACCGGCAAGCUGCCGCUUGCCGCCGCCAGCGCGGCUCCAGCGGCAGCAAUGCCAAAGGCCAUGCUUGGUGAGAAGGAGUUGCUCUCCUGGUUUGCCAUUUUUAUCCUCUGGAAGCAACAAGGGGAUGUGGAAUGGCUCCUUUGGUUGAGCUUGCAUGAGGCCUCGCAGCUUCUGGUGGCCCUGCUUUCAGAGCCUUCCAGUGGUCGUGGCCGAGGUGCUGCAAUGAGGAGUAGCUUUGCUCAGCCGCCCGCAGCGGGUGCGGGGGCUAGUGGAGCUGGAGGGGCUGGAGGCUACCACGGAGGCGGCUAUGGCGGUGGCAGCCAUGGCAGCGGAGGCGGCUAUGGCGGCAGUGGCGGCUAUGGCGGUGGCAAUUACCAGGGUGGCGGCGGCUACGAUGGCGGUGGCGGCUACGGCGGCUACGGUGGCGGCGGCUACGGUGGCGAUCACGGUGGCCACGGCUAUGACUACGGUGGCGGCUAUGGUGAUGGCUACGGAGACUAUGGCGGCGGGUAUGGGGGUGAUGAGUAUGGCCCGGAGAGCGGCGCACCAGGAGCACCAGGAGCACCAGGGGCCAAAGGUGCGGGGAAAGGAAUGGACACAGAAGGCGUCGAAGAUGACGCACAGGGCGAAGGGCUGGACGCAGGUGAGGGUCUUCCUCCGGCGGAAGAGCCGGAGGAGGUGGAGGCGGUUCCGCCGGAGGAGGAGGCCUACGAGGAGGCCCCUUACGAGGAGGCUCCUGAGGCCUUUGAAGAGACCCCGGAGUCUGGUCCUGGGCAAGGCCCUCCCGUGAUGCUGGUGAACAGCGAAGGCCAGAACAUCCUUGCAAAGGAGAAAACCAAGCAGCUGAUCAACAAGGUGAACAUCUUGUCGAAGUCGCUGCAGGCGAAGCUCCCGACCUACGAUGAGGGGUCGGACCUCCCAGAACCAGAGGAUGAGAUGCGGGAGAUUUGCCGGGCCCGAGAGGUGGAGAUCAAUAAGAUGGAGCAGGCCCGGACCGCUGCAGAGAUUGCGCGGCUGGAGAAUGAGGAAGAAGGAGGGGACGUGGAUGAGGUGGCCAUUGACGAGGAGGCUAAGAAGAUGGAGGAAGAGUGGCCCGGUGAUGAGUACGACGACUAUUAUGGAUAUCCGCCACCUCCAGACGCCCAGGGACCCUACGCGGAUCCCUACGCGCAUGAUCCCAACGCCGGCCACGGCGCACCACCGCCGGGGCCGGCGGGGCCUGCGGGGCCGGCGGCACCUGCGCCAGCUGCGGCCUUUUGCCCGGCGCAGCUGGUGCUUUUGAGUCAUCUUCUUCCAGAUCGCGAGUGGAGGAGGAAGGCCGACUUUCUUUGUGAGGCCUGCUGAAGCCCCGCGACGGCAAUUCCUCUCUUCGCUAAUGCAGCGCCUGGGUCUGCCCUGGUAGCAGGAAGUUCGACCCGGCAAGGCGAGGCGC